AUGGGGACUUGGCUUCAGCGCAAAUGGAAUGCUAUGAAUGCAAAAAAAUUUGAAGCAGAAAUAAUUCUAAACAAUAUGGAGCAAAAUGGAUAUACAAAGGAUUAUUUGGCAAUACAAUGGAAUGAACAAGUUAUUUACCAAACCAAGCCUCUAAAAAAGCAAUCUAAAGCUUGGGCAAAUAAAGAAAUUGAAGAAAUUUUACUUUUGUCUCAAAAUUUGGAUACCUAUAAAAAGGAGUGCAACAGAUUAGAGUCAAUGAUUGAGACUGGAAUAUAUGAAGAAAAUAUUACACUAUAUAUAAUCCAAGAAAAUUUGGAAGAGCUACAGGAGAAAAUUAGCAAAACCAAAAAGGCAAUUAGCAAUAAACGUGCAAAACUAUCAGUGGAUGGAAGACUCAAUCUUACUAAAUUGCUUAAUAAUGAAUUUUUAAAACUGCGAAUGAAUGCUCUUGCUCUUAAACAACGUAUACGUGAUCGCUUACGAAUGCGGAAAUUUGAGCUUGAAAAUAUGGAACGUGCAUAUCGAUCAUCCAUAAAUGAAGCUAAAUUACAAAAACAUGUUCAUCAACAAAUCAAACGAAAAGAGCCAGGUAUUCAAAGUUUGGUCAGAAAUUAUAACAAAGCCUGUGUUCAACUUGAAAGUAUGAUUGCACAAAAAAAAGCACCACGUGGUGCAAUAGCACCUUUGCCUAUUAUUAUGGAAGGACUUUUUAAGCUAGAUGUUGAUGAUAAUAUUUGGCAAGAUAUUGGCUUUGAUGAUGAUGAAAAUGAAACUAUAGAAAUCCCAGAUUGGCUUGGAAAAGAGGAUGUCAGAAAAGGCAUAAAAGCAUUAUUGGAAUAUAACAGAUGUAUUGAAGAAGAAAGAAGAUUAAUUGAGGAAAAAAAGUCAAUGAUUCAAUGGUUUCGAGAAGAGUGGGUAGUUAUUAUCAAAGCAAUUGGUCAAAUGUCAGAAGAUAUAAAUGUGCUCUACCAAUUAAAGCAAAGAAAACAAUUUCUUUUGAGAUUGUAUUUAUCCUGGGAACUUCCUGUACGUGGAAUACCAGGUGAAAACAAUACAUUAUGGGGACCAACAAAGGAGGAAAUCAUAAAAGCUAAAAAAUAUGAAACAACACAAAGUGUUCUAUAUAAAGAAUAUACAAAUGAGGUUGCUGAUAUUGAAAUGGAAUUAGAAGAUGACAAUGAAUAUGAAGAUGAACAUGAUAAUAAUGAUGAUGUGAUUACAGAUUUUGAAGAUGGGGAUGAAGCUGAGCUUUUGGAUCAAAUUGAAGAAGAUUUGUCCACAUUAUAA